GGGUUAGGCGUAGGAGGGAUUGUCAUCACAGUUCCAGCUUCCAACAGUAGGAGAUGGGUAAUUGGGCUGGUGGCAAUGGCCUAUCGGAUCAGGGGCACCGAUGAGGCGUUGAGCUCAGAACAGUGGGCUUGUAACCAAGCGGCCCAUAACACGCUUAUAUCCACAG